CAUGGCUCAGCUCCCCCAGGAGGAAAAGGCUAAGAUUGCUGAGCAGGUAGAGAUAUUUCACCAAGAAAAGAGUAAACUGGAUGCGGAGGUGGCCAAGUGGGACGACAGUGGUAAUGACAUCAUUGUGUUGGCAAAGCAGAUGUGCAUGAUUAUGAUGGAAAUGACAGACUUCACUAGAGGUAAAGGACCACUGAAGAAUACAUCUGAUGUCAUUAAUGCAGCCAAGAAGAUUGCAGAAGCAGGUUCAAGGAUGGACAAACUAGCACGGGCAGUAGCUGAUCAGGUAAUAGCAAAAAUAAUCAGAGAUACAACACAAUAACACAAUUUCUACCAAUGAGUCACAUUGUA